GGCUUUUAUCGCUUCUAACGUAAUGGAAAAUACGGAUGGCUUCAUUCGCUUACUCGACGAUUUUACAAAUAUCCGACUAUGUCUAAGAGCGCUCCGUGAUACGCACCAGUCAGUUCUGACUAGACAAAAGACGUGUCGCAUUUUCUCACUUGUCUACAACACUGUCAAAGUGGACCAAAACAAGAUCCUUUACGCGCAAACACAGUUACUUCGUCGUAUUCGUACAGAGCAUGCUGAGCUCAACCAACGCAUUGAAACACUUCAGAACAGUCGAACUCAUAUAGAGCUGGAACUGAAUCUUAUGGAAGACCACAUGAACAGUGCCAGGGACCAUGCUCAACAGCGUCGAGAUAAGAGGAACAAACGAGAACAUCAAUACAACCAAGCUUAUUUUGUUCCGCUUGUGUCUAACUAUUGGCAGAAAAAGUAUCUUCGGGCUAGAGAUAAAAAUGCUACGGCAGAGCAAAUGGUUUGUGAGAUGAGGGAUCGAAUUGAACAGUGCCGUGAAGAACUUCGCGAGAUUGGACGGGAACUUGGAAAAAUUCAAAAGUUGGCAGCCGACCUCGAUCAACAAAAAGGGGAGGCGGAGGCGACAACCGCCACGGUCCAAGAAUUUCAUCAAAAACUAUCUCAAGCGAAUAUCUUCUGGUCUCGGUUUGCUGGAGGCACUUGUCAGGAUUUAAUAACCACCAUUACCGAUUUGGUUUCUUUAUUGGAGCGACCGAGAGAUACUCGUGCAUAUUACAAUGAUGUACAAGCUGCUCUGCAAAAUUUUGUCAAUAUGAAUAAUGACUAUCACGCGGAAGAAGGCUUUGGCCAAGAUAAUUUUGGGACCAUCGAAUUGGAUUAUACCUGCUCAAGGUGUAGCCAGUCGCAGCAUGGCUGGCCAUGCGUUGACAAAGUUCGAAACCAAGACCUAUUGUGCCCAACUUGCUAUAAGGAAACUCGACUGAGCAUGGUAGUAGAGAAGAAAGUCAACGCUAUAGGUGUGAAAUUGCUAGGCUCAGAAACUAGUCUCAGCUCAAUGGUUGAUAUUAAACGACGAUCUGUCCCUAUGCACUCUGCCUCUUCCAAUAAUCUACGACGCAAAUCCGCAGCCUCGGAUAUGCAAUCCAUUCAAAGCGCUGAUAAACCCCUUCUUAAAAGAAACUUUCUGAAAAGCAUGUUCAAUAUCAGCUCUUCAGCCAUACAUUCCUCCAAUCGAAUAUCUUCCUUCCAUACCCCAAGUCGUGAAAAUGUCGCGGCUUAAACCGAAUACCAAUAAUAAAAGUAAAAAAACUAUCAAAAAUGGCCAUCAGGUGCUUUUAAUGCUCACAGCAAUAAAGGGAAGAAAACGGGCUAUACAAUUAAAUUUAAGCGAUAGGGGUUACAGCUUUGCCAGUCUUGGUGAUAGUUUCAAGGACUUUUUCUUGGGGAACCGUUGCGUCGACGACAACAAGUUGCUUUUCAAGAUCGAUAUCAACCUUUUCAACACCUAGUUUCACGAUAAACAGUUAGCAUGGUCAUGAUUUGUAAUCGGUUGCAGCGAUCCUUGCAGGAAAAUUACCCUCGAGCUUGUUGAGUGCGCGGUUCACAGCAUUGGAGCAGCCAGAGCAGCUCAUUGCGACGGUGUAUUUGUAUUGCUAAUAGUUACGAAUGUUAAGCGCUGUUAGAUGAUCACAAUGUUCGAUUUAGGAAAGGUGCUUACAGGCAUUGUUGUCCAGGUAUAAGAAAGUAAAG